AUGGAUACCAUGACUGAAACAGGACUUUUCCCAGGAAGUCUUACCGAGGAUGAAAUGAAGCAAUUAGAAAAAAGUGAGAGACUAGCAGUUAACGUGUCAAAUGCAGUAAACUUGGUGUUAUUUGCAGCCAAAGUGUAUGUUUCAAUUGAGAGUAGAUCAUUAGCAGUGAUUGCAUCCACUUUAGAUUCUCUCUUAGAUCUCUUGUCAUGGUUCAUAUUGCGGUUCACUGCUAAUGCCAUGAAAACACCAAACCAUUAUCACUAUUCAAUUGGAAAGAAAAGGUUGCAACCAGUGGGUAUCAUUGUUUUUGCAUCCGUAAUGGCAACCUUGGGAUUGCAGAUUUUGAUUGGGUCUGUGAUUGAGAAUGUAUCAUCACUUAUUGGAAGGACAACACCACCUGAUUUUCUAGCAAAGUUGACAUAUCUAAUAUGGAAUCAUCAUGUAGAAGUUAAACACAUAGAUACUGUGAGAGCAUACACUUUUUGUGUUCACUAUUUUGUUGAAGUAGAUGUUGUGUUUCCAGAAGACAUGCCAUUACCCAAACAAUUCGACACCUGUGACAUUGAUUCCAAGGUCAAUCUUGAGCUAUUGGCCAAUGCGGUUCUUAUAGGUAUCAAAGGCAAGAAUGUUCGGAGUGUGAUUGAGAGUUUGAACAAAGUGGAGAGUAUUGCCAAGAUUUCUUUAUCUACUCAUCUUGAUGCCCCUGUCAUUGCAAAUAAGUGUCGUCAAUUGGUUACAAGUGGCCACAUUGAAGAAGCUGUUGAGCUGAUGGAGGUCUUCUCACGUUUCCAGUCAUCAAUUGCAGAACUGGUUCAACCAUCUGACAUUCUAAAAAGAUGUGUUCUUAAAUGUAAACCAAUCCAUUGUAGCCCAAGACAUGUAUAA